AACCCUAUGUUAAGGAUAUUCUUGCUGUAUGCACAGGUAGUCGCGAAAGUUGUCGAAUUGCGUAGUUGCGUUUGAAAGCCUUAACUAUAACUGAGAAAUUUCGCUCAUUUUGUUUAAGUUCCUGCAAAUAUGAGUUUGAGUAAAGAAUGCAGAUAUCAAUCAAAUGACUUUUGUCACUCGAACACAUUUCGAGUAGAUAAAUGGCGUCCAAAAUUAGUGUCAUCUUCCAAUUCUCCUCUCGCAACGGCGAAUAUUCUUCCAUCUUUUCAAAAAAAUCGAGAAUUUGGUCUUGAAAAGAAUACGAAUAUCGAAACUCAUUUUAUGGAACUCAAAAUUGAUAGUGCAAGGUCUGACUAUUCAGCCACAUAUAUUGGAGACGAAGGAUGGUCGGGAACAGACUUGGAUGCACGCAGCUCAAUAAGCGAUGUACAUUUUCUGAAAGGAGACUCCGAAGUCUUCUAUGCAGCAUGGCAUACAUAUAGUGAUUCAAAAUAUACUAAUUACGUUGGCGAUAUUCGCCAUUUUCUUUCUCCACCACCAGAAUUUUAUGGAAUUAGGCCAAUAGGCUUAAAACCGGCUGCUUUUCAAGUAGUUGACAUCUGCGAAUCAUUUACCCCUCCAAAAAGUAUACUUGUGGUAGGGAAUUGUCCUACAUCGAGUACUGGAGUGAUGAUAAUCGUAACACCUGAAUAUGAAAUCUUUAUCAUCCGGAAAUCUUGCCGUACAAGUCAUCGGUCGCCGAUAUGGAGUUGUGCUUCUAGCGAAGAAUCGCGCAUGUAUGCUUGUGGUAGACAAGAUUUUAUAAAUAUGUUAGAUAUGGGAAGUGAUAAAAAAUAUAAACUGAGAAUACCUGGACGUGUGCAUUCACUUAAAUUUGACAAAACUGGGGAUCUUCUUUACGCUGGCACUAGCGAUGGUAACUUUACUGUUCUGGAUCGUCGAAUAGGAAUUGUUUCUUCAGAUAAAUAUUUUGAUGAAGGAAUUGACGAAACAAAGUUUCUAGAUGAUGACCAGACUGUGAUAUUUAGUGGUAUGAAAGGCAGGCUUUGUAAAGUUGAUCUGAGACAAAAAAGUAUUCUUACUGUAUAUGAUGGAAAUUUUCGUGAUUCGACAAAGAAAAUACCAAUUUCUUAUUCAAAGGAGUUCAAUCUUUUAUGUGCUACUGGAAAUGAUUCCAUUACAAGAUUUUGGACUUUCGAUAAAGGAAAACUAAUUAAAAAACUUGAGAGUCGUCAUCCUUCACGUGCCUGGCUAAAGAGUGAUUAUAAUAAAUGUUUUCUUUAUGUUGUUGAAGGUGCUAAAGUUCGUGUCCAUAAGAUUAUAUGUCGAUGUUAAUCAUGCAGUUAAACUUUCUGUACUUGAAAUGUAUUUGAUUAUUCAUAAAGCUAUCAAGUGUCAAUCUCUGUACUUUUGCCAUAAUAUUUUUUUUUUUUUAACUUUGUGAUCAAUUGUGUAGUCUGUCAAAUGUGCAUUAUAUUUUGUAUGCAGCAAAGAAAGUACCAGUUCCAUCCUUAUUCAGAGGAGUUCAGUCGUUUCUGUGCUUGUGGAAGUAAGAUUUUGGUCAUCAGAUGAUGGAAAUAUCAAACAACUUCAUAGUAAUGAUCCAAAUCCUUUACGUUCUUGGUUGCUGAGUGCAGAAAAUAGAUGUUUUAUUUAUGUCAUUGAAGGUGCUAAAGUUCAUAUACGUAAGAUUGCAUGCCCAUGUUAAUGAUGUAGUUAAUUCCUUUACUUGGAAUGCGUUUGAUCAUUCAUAAAGCUGUCAAGUGUCAAUACCUUCCAAACCAUUUUUCUGUUGCCUUUUUUAAAACUUUUUGGUUGAUUGUAUAUUCUGUAUUGUUUUUUUUUCUGCUUAGUUGUAUUUUGAAAUAAAUAGUUAAAUGUAA